ACAGAACAAGAAGAUGCAGGAGCAGAUUAAGGAGUUGCAGAAGCAAGUCAUGGAUCUGCCUGACUUGAAGAACAAAGUAAAGAAUCUCACAGCAAAUCUCUGUGUCAUUAAACAGGCCUGCUGUAACAAGACCCUAGCAGUCUGUCCCUGUGGGUAUGAACGGUUCAGCGAAACGCCCGGCAUGUGCUACAAGUUCUCUACCAAGUCGGACAUGAAGACCUAUGCCGACGCCAGGUCCACCUGUCAGGCUGACGGAGGGCACCUGGCUAUGCCUAAAGACAAGGCAACAAACGACUUCCUGGCCAAACAGAUCAGGGCCAGAGAUUACAUCUUCGACCAUGCCUGGUUUGGUCUAACAGACCAGGUGCAGGAGAGAACCUGGGUGUGGGAGGACGGGACACCGCUUGGCACUGGCUGGAACAACUGGGCACAGGGCCCUCCGGUGGCGUACCCUUUUUAUUUACAACUUCAUGAUUCUGUCAACUGUGCUUUACUUGCAUUUAGCAGUGAGUGGUUUAAUCAUCAAUGCACAGCCAGUUUGAAUUAUAUCUGUGAAGUGAAGGCCACUGCUGGCUAGACUUAAAAAAGUACAAUGUUUCCCGGCACUCUGGUAUAGGAAUGAAAUGUAGCAGGUACUAGAGGUUUAAAAAACUUCAGGUUGUUAGUUUUUAAAUACGAUAGUCUAUUUACUCAAACUGUUACUAAAGUUAUAAUUAGCUAUUGGUGGUGUGUACUUUUUUUUUUCUUGUGUGGAACUGUGACUUGUACGUGGGCAUGUUUUUGAGGGCACAUGGAGUGAACAAACCAGGUAUGAGCCAUGCG